UAUAAUUCGGAGUGAGUUUUGGCCAUCAGUGCACACAAAACAUCAAAACCAAAGUGGAAUAAUGCUUUUGCAUUGUUCAUUGGUGAAUAAAUCAUGAACCUUGUGUUGCUGUGGCUGACGAUUCAGCAUCAUCCUCCAAAAGCGAAAACUCAUUGCUCAUGUUAUUGCUGCAGCUGCUUCAUAAACUCUUAUGAGGUUUGGAAAAUACUAAUAUGCCGGUGUAAGUGGUUGCAUGCUUGCGGUCAGUGAUUUAUUUAUUUUUUUCCAAUACCUCUUAGUCUCACUCCAGUUUACACAGAUGUGCUUUUAUGCUAUCCAGGUUCCUCCCAUUUCCCCUGUUCUGUGUUGAGGGCUGGCCAUCAACGCUUCACUCUCCCUCUUUCCUUCUCACAUCCUUCUUUUCACCUCUAUUGUCUUGGUCACAGCAGAGCCAUGAUGAAAGCCAGUUCAGUCAGGAUUUAAGGGCAGGACGUGACUUUACAGCACUUCACAGAUUGAUAUGAACCAUCUGAACUGAAGCUGAUCUUACUCUUAGAGUACUUAUUAUAAAAUACACUCUGCUUUUCUUAGCUUUGUAUGAUGAUUUAAACAAUAUAACAGUAAUUGCUGUUGCAUGAUUUCUAGUGUGCAAAUGUUUAAAGCAAAUUGUCCUCAUGGAGAUCAGGGUUUUUCCUGUUUAUCACAAAUCAUACGUAGUACAAUCGUAGUAGAUUUUGUAUUGAAAUUUACCUGUAUGUUGUUGGUGCUGCCCACUUUAAUAUCAACCCUUUUUUUUUUUUUUGGUGCAAGGAACUGUCAAAAUCAGCAGGAAUUGCCACCACGUUGUCUCAUUUGUGAUAAGACACAGACGGGGAAUGUUGUCAGCUCACCUAUGAUAAAUGAUAGUCACCAGUGACACAUGGCACAUCAUUGCCUAUAAUUGCUUACAUUUAUCAACCAAGAACAUUUUCAUACAUCAGUCUGUCACACAAACCCCCUUGUUUAUCUCCUUUUGGUCGCUCUCCUUGAGGCCAUCCUCAGUGAGAGACCAUGAACAGGCAAUGAAUGCCAAUAAAAAAAAUUUAAAAAAUGCAUCUAUGAGACACAAGAGUAUGGAACAACUUCUUUAUCGUAAGAACCUUCAGAGGUGUGCUAACUGCAAAGUGAAGAGUUUAUGAAAAUUUUAUUUGUAAUAUUAUUGGCGCUCAAUUUCUUUACUCUUCUCCUAAUGCUUAGCGAAUGUCAUGCUCUCAUACAGGCGUUCUGCCUUUUUCAUAUGAAAAGAGCUGUUGGUUAAUUUAUUGAGGCUUUUUCCGGGGGGAAGACUUCAAAACUAAAGGAUAUUCUCCAAAGACCAGAGUCACUUCCCAUGACUCAAUGGCAUUUCCGAUAGUCUAGCAGUGGAGUUACCACGGUCUCAUUGCAAAUUCUUCAGCAAUUACAGUGUAAUUAUACAGGCAGGGGAUGGGGUGGUAAAGUAAUGAGCCCAGUUUGAGUUUCUGAAGUUUAAACAAUGAAGGAGGUGGUACUGGGUAAUUAUUGUCCAUUAGCAAGCUAGUAAUUAGCUUUAGGUCACAGAAGAAAUUGAGAAGAAUUUACUGGUACACACGAAAGGUUUUCUUACUGUGUGUUAUUGCUUUUAGUCUGCAUUAAUGAGCAAAUGCUUCGAGCCCUAUGUUGCUUUGUCAUCUCAAAUUCAGUUCUUCGUCUGGUUCAGAUCGUUUCAGGACAUGACAAAGGACUGGCUUGCUUGCUUAUUUAUUUAUUUAUUUAUUUAAAAAUGGCAGAGCACUUUCUUUUUAUUUCUGCUUUGAUACAAGAUGAUGACCUCAUCUUGCUCACUUAUUCCCAUCAGCGCUCACUAUGCAUUAUGUAGGAACAGAAGAGUGUCUGUGUCCUCCCUCGUGUCAUCCUCUUAUGAUCCUGCUACCCCUCCUUCCCUCUCUUUUUCACAGUCGUAUGCAACUGGCCAAGUUCCCAUUUACUCUCUCACUUUUUCUGCCUGGCAUGUUGCCCUCUCUGACACCUGGCUUGAACGAUGGGGUGUCUGGCACCAGGGUGUGUGUGUGUGUGUGUGUGUGUGUGUGUGUGUGUUGUGUCUGUAGUCAUACAUAUCACAAACAUGUUCAUGCUGACAAAUGUUUACCUUUAGACAAACACACUUGCUUAGUUUGGCGUGAAGUGGUUGUUUUCUCAGCGCUGAUUCAGAACGCUUUUGACUGUUAUUUACAAAGCACUCAUGCCAUUUUCACACUACUUAUAAAUGUGUGUACACACGCUGACUGUUUGUACGCCUGUUAGAGCAGCUGCAGAGAGAGGCUGUGCAUUAUUUCCAUCUAAAUAGAUGUCAUUUGCAUUUACAUUACCAGAUUUGUUCAGAGUAAAGCAUUCGUCUCGAAGCUUAUCCCCUGUUCUUAGCCUGGGGUAAGAGCUGAUAUCUAAAGCCACUGCUUGGAUUUUGUUUUUGCUUCAAUUCAAAGUUGGCACUUCGUUGGAAAUGUCGCAGAGCUUGUCACGCUUGUUGCUGAAAAUGAAUGAAGUAGUGGCAUAGGAAAGUCAUUAUUACUGAAGAGUAGCUGAGUGUGGACUUGUUUGUGGGAAAGCCCCUAGAGCAGCAGCCUGGCUCUUUCACUGCUAUAAAUACUGUGAGGCCUUCUGCUGGCUCAGAGGAGAGCUACUGAUCUGCCUGAGACACGAGAUUCUCAAAGGUGUAGAAGUGUAACGCAAUGCCACUAGCUGUUCAGUGCUCCAAAUAUCCAUAUCUGAAUCUGUAUUUGGAUUUAAACCCAAAGUGGGCAGUUAAUUAAAUAUGAACUCUAUCACAAUGCCAUCACUGUCAGUAUAGUCUGUGAACUCUGGCUCUGACAGUUCCUCAAGCUCAGCUACAUCACUCCAGUUAUAUCAUAUUUUAUUCCUCUCACCUGCAAGAUCUUUUAGGUCUCUUACUGUUUGUUUUGGAUCUUUGAAAAUCUUUCUGGCAGUUUUUUUUCUCUGACUCAAAGAUUCUGCAAAGGAGAGGAAGAAAAAUAACUGUGUCCGUGUAUGAAUUAUGGUUUUACUGUUGGUGAUGGCAUCCCUAAAUACUUACAUAUCUUUUUAUAUCCUCCAGCUCUGUGGAACAUCCAUAGCUUUUUUUGUUUUAGGUCUCAUAUUAGCUGUUUUCAUGAUCCCACUAACUUUUAGCAUGUAUGUAAACAUAUGCAUAACAGUUUUAACUCAUUACACAAUUAAAUUAGGCUUUUGAGCUUGCUAAUAAAGAUAACACUUUACUUAUCCGUAAUGGCUGAGGUUGUGGUGUUUUAAUAGGCAAAAUGCCAUUAAAUUUUGUUUUGUAGUUUAAGUUUAAAAUAGAGGUACAUUUUAGUAUUUUUUUCUUUCAGAAAUGGUUUCUGUCAGUGUAACUAUAAGCAUUACAAACCUGAUUUACAUCCUUUCAUACUUUCUUCAGUUGUAGAUUGUAUAUCGUUGAGUUUGAAUAAAUUUACAUUAGAAAUGCCCUUUAUUAUGUCUUCUGUCUUCAGAAGUGGACUUAAAGCUGGAAUCUGUGUGUGUGUGUGUGUGUGUGUGUGUGUGUGCUCGUCUUGUAUGUGUCUAAUUUUUGUGUGUGUGUGUGUGUGUGUGUGUAUGUCUGUGAAGCAGUUGUGUUCCGCUAAUUGGAACCCAGGUUAUUCUUAAUGAGCUCUUCAAGUCCAAAUGUGGGUUUAUGGGAUGUCGCUAUAGCAACACAAGCAUGCAAGCCUAUUACAUGGACAAAAUGGUCUGAAGUGUAUAAUUUGAAGGAGCACAGAAGCACACACACACACAGUCCAGCAUUAUGACACCUCACAGCAUUUUAUCACAAGGAGGAGCUGGAAAUGAUCCCUAAACGGUCAAAGUUGAAACAUCUGUGCUUUCUCUUUUCACAGCUGUUCCCCCUUAUUACUUCUCUGUCUUGCUUCUCUCUUUCUAGCAAAUCUUUCUCAGCAGGCUUUUUUAAUGCUUCUGCUGCAUAGGGCUGGGUAAUAUGACUAGUAUUGAUUAUGCCAUAAUACCCUUUUCUGAGAUAUUGCUGAGUUAAUUUUCUGGAUUGCAACGAUUUACGUAAUCCUUUUUAGGUGACAACACUCAGUAAUCACUCUGUCUUUCCUUCUUUUACUUUCUCUUACUUCUUUCUCUUUUUUUCCACAUCCUUUCACAUUUCUCAAUCUUCCCUUGCCAAGCGCAAGUUUCAGUGACAUCUUCAGCUCAGCACUGACUACAGUUCCUGCUCAUACACAAACACAGGGCACAGGGUGUGUGUUUCAGGUUUUCACAGUCCUCUGUUGGAGAUCAUGAAGGAUUCAUCAUGUCCGUAUCUACUUCAAAGCAGGCCAUGGUCUUCCAUUGUGUUAAUUUCUGCACCCUGCUUCAUGCAUGACUGAACAGAGACACUGCAGGAAUUGCCCUGGUGUGGAGCAGUCAGACGUGUUAGGGAGUUAGAGAAUGUUCCCUAGGAGAGGGGGAGGUUUGUGUCUGCAUCUUGAGGCUUGUAAAAGCUGUAAAUAUUUGUUUAGUUAUUGUCAGCUUUAUAUCUUAAAUAUAUCUUAUAUGGUGCACAUGAGAUUUCUCCAGAUCAAGAGAAUGCCCUUUUAUCAAAUUAAUGGUGGAGAAAAUCAUUUUUGCUGAUAUGAUGGUGCAUUGGACAGCGACAUCCAGAAGAAGAUUGACUAUGAGAUCCGGAUGCGAGAGGGAGCAUGUAAACUCCUGGCCGCUUGUUCACAGAGGGAUCAGGCGCUGGAGGCCUCUAAGAGUCUGCUUACCUGUAACGCUCGCAUCAUGGCAUACAUGUCAGAGCUGCAACGCAUGAAAGAGGCGCAGGUCAUGCAGCGGGUGGCGCGGAGGUCAUCAGAUGCAGGACCAAUGGAUGACCGAUCUCCAUGUAAAGGCAAAGUUGCCAUUUCAGAUCUUCGAAUCCCUUUGAUGUGGAAAGACACAGAGUACUUUAAAAACAAAGGAGAGCUACACCGCUGUGCUGUGUUCUGUCUGCUGCAGUUAGGAGGGGAGAUCUUUGACACAGACAUGGUGAUGGUGGACAGAACCCUCACAGACAUUUGCUUUGACAACACCAUAGUCUUUAAUGAAGCGAGCCCAGGUUUUGAGCUGAGGUUAGAGCUGUACAGCUGCUGUACAGAGGACGAUUACUCAGCGGGCAGUACACCACGCAAGCUAGCCAGCAAGCUGAGCUCGUCUCUGGGCCGCUCAUCUGGGAAGAAGAUGCGUGCAGCGCUGGAGCCUGGAGCCUGCAGCCCCAUCAGUAACGGCGGCAACGCACAACUGCUGCUGCCUGUACCACCUGUGCCAGGACCCAAAUACCAUCUCCUGGCUCACACCACUCUCACUCUGUCCCACGUUCAGGACAGCUUCCGCACACAUGACCUCACCAUAACUGGCAACGAAGAGUGUUCAUACUGGUUGCCGCUGUAUGGCAGCGCGUGUUGUCGUCUGGCUGCUCAGCCCCACUGUAUGACACAGCAGAUGAUUAGUGGCUGCCUCAGGGUCAAGCUCGGUGGGGAUCCUCAAGGAUGGACGAAUGUUUUUGGUGUCCUAAAAGGGACAAACCUCUUCUGUUACCACCGACAAGAAGACAUGGAGGCCAACGUGGAGCCCUUAUUAACGAUCGGCAUUAACAAAGAAACAAGAAUACGAGCAGCAGAAAGAGACCCCCAAAGCAAAGCUCAGAGUAUUUGCAUCAGUAACCAGUAUGGAGGCGAGGAGGUCACACACACACUAGUGACAGAUAGUCGAGAGGACACACAGCGCUGGAUGGAGGCCUUCUGGCAGCAGUUCUUUGACAUGAGCCAGUGGAAGCAGUGCUGUGAUGAGCUGAUGAAGAUUGACCUGCCUUCACCACGCAGACCUGCACUGGUUACAGCCAAACAGGGCUCUCUCUACCAUGAGAUGGUUAUUGACACAUCUGAUGACAUCAGUGCUGUCACCGACAUCCUGACGAGGCGUAUUGAGGAGUUUGAGUUUCAGACCCCACCUCACUGGAUGUCGUUAUUUAAGGAAGAGCCUCCCGGUAGCCCCCAGAACCUCCGGCACCACUCUCCACACCACUCUCCCAGCCCCUGCUGUCACCGCGCUCGUGCUCUGCUCUCCUCUGAGGCCAGCCUCGCCUCAGACAACUCCAGCCCCUGCAGCUCUAGCCCCUGCUCACCCCACUACCUCGCCUCCAACCGUUUCCGCCCUCGUACACUUUCCCUGGAUGCCAAGCUGUCCACGCUGCGAGGAAGAAACUAUGGGGGCCUCCAUUGUUCGUGCCAACCUCCAUCAUCCAGCUCGCUCCAUCAGCAGGCUCCGCCGCUCUCCUGCUCCAGCUCCACUUCCAGUAACAGCUCGAGUGAAGGGAGCAACAGCCCAGAAUCAGAUCUCGCCUUCUCGCGACCUUCCGGGGCACGCCGCAGCCUGAGGAACCUCCGAGCAAAGCUGGACCCCAGAAACUGGCUACAGAGUCAUGUUUAGUUCCUUAAGGUUCCUUCCUGAGAAAAGACUUUCUCACAAAAUGACCUACUUCUUUAAGAAAGGAUUUUAAACAUUCAGUCCUUAAGCAACCCCUUGAAAGACCUGGAUUGUCCAUGAGAAGGGUAACUGCGUAACUGUCCUCAGUGUGGCUCCACAGGCUGGUGAUGGACAAAGACGCUAGUUAAUGGGAGAUUUCCUGUAAAUGAGUUCAGCACCAUGGUGAUGGAUAGUUAUUUAUACCUGGUUCAGUAUAUGCAGUUUAUGCAAUACAGAAAUCCUAUAAUUCUCAACCUCAAGCUGGAGUACGGAAUUUCUAACAGAACAGGCAUUACCAAGAGUCGAAGCACUCCUCCAGUCUCUUUCAAACUGGAUUAAGGGUCUGCAGUCAGUUGCAGCAGUUGAACAUAAAUAAAGUCAUAACAUAGUGCUAACUUAACAGCCACUACAUUUAAAUUUACAUGCUACUGAAAAUUUGCUAUACUGAAAAUGAGCUAUGAAAACAGUUUCAUAGCUUAAAAUGUACAGCUACCAUUUUAUAUGUGCAAUGCCAUAUAAAAUCUGUUCACAAUGUUACUUUACUAUAGUUUAGUGUAAUUAUAUGCAGAUUAAAUUAGCAGCAGCUUCUUUAGUGCUUUUUGUCAUUAUUCUUUUUGUGAAACGCAAUUUGUUAGAUAUAACCUUAUUUAACAUAAUACAAAUAAAAACAGUGAAAGCAACACUAGCUACCUUACUGCCUGUUAGGACAAUUGAUGUAGUGUUUCCUGUUCAAGCCUGAUACAGCCUGAUUUUCCACCCAGAAAUAUCCAGCCAACAGCAGUGAUUUGGUCUCAAACUGAUAUUGAUGAAGUGCUAGAUGAUUAACACACUGUGUAGGCAAAAUGAUAAGCUCAAAUCUCUAACUGUACACCUACAUGGUGCACCAAAGUGUAUAAAACCCUGACAUUGGUGCUGUGCUGAGAAUGGUCCAUCACUGAAUGUCUGUGAGCGGUGGUCCUCUGGUGGUCACUUUGGUGGUUACUGAUUGACAGAGAAGAGGGAAGCUGACAAAUUGUGUGUAUAUAUAAACAGUCACUAAUUCACUAAUCUUACUAGUUAUGAUGCACCUUAAGUGUCUGCAUUCUCAGAAAAAAGGGUACUCAACUGUUCCUUUCCUUGUGGCUGAGGUGGUACCCUUAUCUUUCACCAGGAAAUGUGGAUAUAGUGUACCUUUAAAAACAUUUAAUGCACAUAUUUCGUUCAAAAGGUGUAUGAUUGAGGGUACAGUGUCAGUGACAUGAAAUGGUAUAGUUUAGCACCCUUUCUUCUGACACAAAAUUAUAUCCAACUGACGUUCAACUGGCUGCUGAAUUGGCACAGUAGUUCAUCAAUAGUGGUCAAUUUCACAAAAUCCAUGUGAAAUUUUUCACUCUGAUGUUACUAGUAUACCUUUACACAUUAGCUGCUUAAUUAAGAAUUAAAAAUCAUGUAAUCAGUUUUCAUUAUGUUACAGGCUGCUGUAAAGAUGGUGCUACCGAUUGAAAUACAGAAAUACAUUAGGUCAGAAAGUAUCAGGUGUUAUAAGAGUACCCCACUAUGAAACGUCCACGACUAUGCAAAUGUAUCCCAGUUGAAAGCGUUAUCUGCUCCACAUUUCAUUUGCAUCAUCAGUGCAGUUUGCUUCUCCUUUACAUCACUGAUCUGUGAUUUUAGCACUUUUACAAUAAGCUGUUAACGGGAAAGUCAGAGCAAAGUGUAUUUUGUCUUUUCUGUGCUUUAUACAAGAGGUCAAUACUGAAAAUAACAAGAUCUAGUCUACACUACACAACUCCUAUAUAAUCAAGCUGAUAACUGAAUAUAAAUGUGUACGUCUCAGGAUUGUCGUUUUCACCAUAAUGAAGUCUUCUGAUCUAAUCACGAGUACGUGAAUAAUGACCACACAGUGUGUUAAGAUGCAAACCAGGAAUAGUGAGUGUGUGGUGUAGUGGAUCAGUGUUCUCUUUCAAUUGUUUCUGUUUACUGUAAAAUACGUCAGUAUGGUGGAAGUGGUGAACUUAUACACUGUAUUACUGUACUGAAGUGAUAUUAUUAACUAAUACCGCUUUUCAUUGCUAAUUAAGAGCCACCAAGGUGAACGUUUAAUCUGUAAAUUCAUUCAGGCUGUUUCCUGUUGUAAAGUUUUGUAAAUUAACUUUCUUUGUUGCCUUCGUUAAAGCUGUAUUUUACCAUAUUCCUUUUUGUUAUAAAUCCAGCUAUUGAGAUAUUUUAUCAGACGAGUACAGGUCUAACUAUUCUGGUAGAUAACAUUAGGUUUAACGUGGAGAUGAGCAUCCUGUCAGCAGGCUGUCUGCAUGCACAUUGCCAUUGGAGCGAAAAAUAACUCAGCAUGUAGAAUAAUACUAGAAAUGCAAAUUAUUAAAAAAAGCUUUAAAUAAGCCUGAACCAGGUGUCUGAUUUUUGUAUUUCACUGUAAUUACUUGUGUUAAGCACAGGAUUGUGAUGCAUUAGUAGAUGACGUACCAGUAUGACAAUAUAUUGUGAGAAGGAAGUCUGUUAUACCACUGGUCCACAAAAAUCCUAGACAGUCUGCAUACUUCUUGGAAACAGGGAGAGAGCAAAAAUGUGAACUGUCUGGAAGUCUUCAAAAAUCUUUUACACCUAUAUACCAUUAACUUUAUGCUAUAUCUGUUUAGAUGGUGGCAUCACAACGAAAAUAAUCAUGCCAGAUGUGGUUGUGUGGCCCCUGAAAUGUGCUGUAAAAUACUUACACCACAGCAAUGUUGAAUUCUUGAUUCUGAUUAGUCAGAAAGUGUUAAUUAAUUUUCUAUAAUAUCUCUAACAGCUACGAGACAAAUCACAGGUUUAUAUUAAUACACUCAUUCUAAUACAUUAGAGUUACAUAGUGACAACACAAAAACUUGUGUUAAGUGUGUACUUGUUGAUAUGGUGACGUCUUCUGCGAGCAAAGUUUUCCACCACCGGAAAUUCUUGUUCAUAGCUGCUAUAACGUAAGUGAUAACAAGAACCAACUUGUUUCAAAAGCAUUCCACAACAUUUAACUAUAAAUGGAUAAAGUGUAUGUGGUGGUGUUCUUAAAUUGAUACAAAUUGUAAUCCUUGGCAAAUUGCUGUGGUAUAAGAGAAAUAAAACACUCUGGGAUGUGUUGUUGUAGAAGAAUAAUCGACUUUGGUGUGGUAACACAUCACACCACCCCGUCAUUCAUUAUUUUCUAACACAUCACACCCUGAAGAUGUAUUAGUGUUCUUUACUUAAAACAUGCUAGUUUUUAAAUAUUUAUUUAUUUAUUUUUCCAUUUCUCCUUGAGGCUAACCCCACUGUAUAUGUUAAAAUGACUGAACACUAUUAAACACCAUUGAUGAAAA